GUCCUAUUUCCGGAUAUAUUUGGGUAGCGCGAAUGGCUGCGGAAUCCUGAAGUAAAUUUGUUUUAUAAGAAGAAGCAGGAGAAAUUGUGACCUAGGUCAAGAACGUCCCGAGCUCCGGAUGGCACCUGAGACCGUGGUCCGAGCUGCCCAGAGCUGGCUGCUGUUGUCCUGCCAGGUCCAGGUGCCCUUUAUCUGGCUCGAGGCCUGUGUACAGUGGUUGCAGGAGGAGGCUGGAGGAGCGGGACGACUGACACAACAGCAAAUCAACAAACAGGUGUACGACCAAUGGCUGCUGACAGACCUGAGGGACUUGGACCACCCUGUUCUUCCAGAGGGCCUCUCUCAAAGCCAGAAAACUGUUCUGAGCGGCAUCUUUUGUGUCCAGAUUGACUCAGUCCUGGACAUCAGUCAGCCGGCGUAUGGGCAGCUGCAGAAGUGGAAGGGCACAGACUGUGCCAAUGACGAGGUUACCGCGGUAACACAGUUCACACAGAGGCCCUGGGAGAGUCGGCCCACACGCAUGCUCCUACUGCAGGUGACUGAUGGAGUCCAAAAUAUGGAGGCCAUGGAGUACCAGCCCAUCUCUGCCCUCAGCACCUCCCUCAGGCCUGGAGUGAAGCUGCGGUUACAGGGUGACAUCGUCUGUAGACUGGGGAUGAUGCUGUUGGGACCCACCAAUGUGAAAGUGCUCGGGGGAGAGGUGGACGACCUGGUGGACAGAAACAAUCAGGGGAGGUUGUUGUGUCGAACCCUGGGUCUCCCCGAAGAGGAGCAGCCGCAGCCAGAGGACGAAGACCCUCCUCCUGCACAACAAGAAACCCAGGAUUUUCAGGACUUGGACCUGAACGACCAGGAGCUGUUGGCCAGUCUAGAGGCUGAGGAGCAGAGGGGGGAGCAGAGGGGGGAGCAGAGGAGGGAGAGGCAGCCGCACGGCCAAGGCUCUACUCCUGACAGCGGUUAUGGUUCUCUGUUUGAAAGCACUCACUCCUCUGGACGCUCUGCAGCCUGGAUCCACAGCUCCACAGCCUCCUCCAGAAGUGAAGUUUCUACCUCUUCUCUCCGAAAUAACGUUCUUCAAAACAGCAGAGCAGGAAGUUCAGACCGUGAUCGUCGCCAUAGCAACCAACAGGAAUUCCCACCCACCCAUGACCCACCUGUGCAGGAUCACAACAUGGCCGGCGAGGACUUUCCAGAUGAGGACUUUGACGAUAUUCCGUUGGACGAACUGGAUAGUGUCAUUCUACAAGGUCCCGGGACAAACCACGCUCAAAAUCUACCACAAAAUCCGACUAUAACUUCACCAAAUUCUAAUGAUGACUUUAUGGACGAAGACUUGGAGUUUAUUGAAGAAAUAGAAGCAACUAGUUCUAUUAACCAACCAACCAACUUGACUAAUACGGGACAAAAUGUGUCUAGCUCUGUCUCGCUGGCCUCUCCUCCAUUCACAUAUAUUUGCCUGUUGGAUAAACUGCCAAACAAAUCUGGCAAAACUGAAAUUUCGGUAAAAGCAUUUAUCGUGACAUUAUUGGGAAAACUAUCAAGCGGCGACGGUGUUUGGAAAGUUGGCGCGACGAUAUCGGACGGUACGGGAUACUUGGACGUUGAAUUGUCGGAUGAGGUUUUGCGAGGCUUGCUUGGGUUUUCUGUGGCAGAGAAGGCAGCUCUAAAGAGGGACCCAACCCGGAAACGGGAGUUGGAAUCUGGGAUGCAGAGGUGCCAGGAGGGACUGGUGGACAUGUGCUGUGUAAUGACCUUAUGUGUGGAGCAAGGGGGCGCUAAACCUGUUGUGACUAAGGCCGAACAAGUGAAGGAGCAGGAUCUGCGAGCGCUGGAGGCGAGGGUCAAAGCUAGCAAGUAGUGGUGUCAUGAUACUAAAAUUACAAACUGAAUUU